GCCCAAACCUCGCGACGUCCGUAUCGUGUUCUUCGCCUUUUGCAAAAUGUUCUUCAGAAGUUUGACGACGCUAGCUCUCAUCCCAGCCUUGCUCGGAUUGUGUCAAGCCGUUGUCCUCGAAGGAACCGAUAAAGACGCGGAGUUCUUGAGUGCAGUCACCAAAGACUUCUCCGAUAAGAAAUCGAGUCCUCCCUCAAUCCCGGUUGAAAGCUUCAGCCGCGAUGCUGCCGCAGCAGCCACUUCUGCCACUGGCAACUCGAGUGCCGCUGCUUUCGCGAGUCAAGUUACGAGUGCUCUGAGCCAAAUCGACCUCGGUCUCGGCAUCUACAAAAUGUGUCCGUUCCCCUUCUCCUAUCUCCAUCAGUGCGAGGGAUCGUCCGAUUGUCCUGACAGCGACUGCUGCGGCAUGUACGCUUUCCCUGGACCGAACCGAUGGAGACGAUCGUGUUGCGUGCCUGAUGGUGUGACCACCAUCGCUCGCGUCGCUCGAUUGUGCAUAAAGGAUAGUGACAAGAAGAACACUAAUACACCGAGCAGCCCACCCAGUGGGGGUCCGAAGCCACUGAGCGCAACAUUGCAAGAUGUUGUCGCUCAAGCGCUCGGUGUCAACACGGCGGGCAGCGAUGCUGACUUGGAUCUCGAUGACGACGAUGAUGUGAAGAAGCUCUGA